AAUUCCUGACACGACUUGCAGGCCCAGGAUACCCCAGCAACUAUGUAUGCCUCUACGUUCAGGAAUGCCAUCCUUGGCCUUCUCUGUGUCACCGCUCUGCUACUUUCCUUCGUUCAAGCAGCCCCCCUUGCAAAGCAUCCGAUACGGGGCACAGGCGACUCCAGUGCCUGGAGUGGUUCGCCUAUGAUGAAUUCCGUGGAGGAAAGUCUUCGAAACUCAGAGGCGAGGUAUGCUACCAGAUGCACCUCCAAAGUUGCCUGCUGCUGACGCAUUGAGCAGCCCCACAGGCGUGUUCACCUGAUAGUAACGCGAGGGACCGCUAUUCAGACGAGCAAGUACAAGGCGAGCUUGGGGAUAGCCUAGCCCCUCACUUCUAAUUCAUGUUCAGAACCGGGCAUGCCUAACGAGAAACGUGGAUAGACUCGAGUGCAACGUGUCUGUAGCGUCGGUGCCUCAAAUAAUCAUAAUGUUGCUGUGCAAUUCUGGUACAGGCGUUGCGGAUGUAGUGGACCAUCGCAGUUUACAAUACAGAUAGCUGCAUAUUUAAUAUGCUUCGCUCGCCGCUACCGUCGUUGUCACUGUGUCCUGUGUCCAUGGAUAUCACUCGGCGA